AUGGCGACCUCUCUGGGAUCCAACACCUACAACAGGCAGAACUGGGAGGAUGUGGACUUCCCCAUUCUGUGUCAGACGUGUCUUGGAGAAAACCCAUAUAUCCGAAUGACCAAAGAGAAGUAUGGGAAGGCAUGUAAAAUCUGUGCUAGACCAUUCACAGUGUUUUAUUGGUGCCCCGGGGUCCGCAUGCGUUUCAAGAAAACUGAAGUGUGCCAAACUUGCAGUAAAUAGAAGAAUGUCUGUCAGACCUGCCUCUUGGACCUGGAGUACGGGCUGCCCAUCCAGGUUCGUGAUGCAGGAUUGUCUUUUAAGGAUGACAUGCCAAAGUCAGAUGUCAACAAAGAGUACUACACACAGAAUAUGAAGAGAGAAAUUUCUAACUCUGAUGGAACGCAGCCGGUUGGCUUGUUGGGGAAAGCCACCUCCACCAGUGACAUGUUGCUCAAGCUGGCCCGGACCACACCCUACUACAAGAGGAAUCGACCCCACAUUUGCUCCUUCUGGGCAAAAGGAGAAUGUAAGAGAGGAGCGGAAUGUCCAUACAGAAAUGAGAAGCCAACAGAUCCAGAUGACCCCCUUGCUGAUCAGAACAUUAAAGACCGAUAUUACGGUACCAAUGACCCUGUGGCAGAUAAGCUUCUAAAGUGGGCUUCAACAAUGCCUCGUCUGGACCCACCAGAGGACAAGACUAUCACCACACUGUAUGUUGGUGGUCUGGGUGAUACCAUUACUGAGACUGAUCUAAGAAAUCACUUCUACCAGUUUGGGGAAAUUCGGACGAUCACUGUCGUGCAAAGACAGCAGUGUUCAUUCAUCCAGUUUGCCACGAGGCAGGCUGCAGAGGUGGCUGCAGAGAAGUCAUUUAAUAUGUUGAUUGUCAAUGGCCGUAGACUCAACGUGAAAUGAGGAAGGUCCCAAGCAGCCAGAGGAAAAGAAAAAGAGAAGGAUGGAACCACAGACUCUGGGAUCAAGCUUGAGCCCGUUCCAGGACUGCCAGGAGCUCUUCCUCCUCCUCCUGCAGCAGCAGAAGAAGCCUCUGCCAACUACUUCAACCUCCCCCCGAGUGGUCCUCCAGCUGUGGUGAACAUUGCACUGCCACCACCCCCUGGUAUUGCCCCGCCCCCACCCCCAGGUUUUGGGCCACACAUGUUCCACCCAAUGGGACCACCCCCUCCUUUCAUGAGGGCUCCAGGACCAAUCCACUAUCCUUCGCAGGACCCUCAGAGGAUGGGCGCUCAUGCCAGCAAACACAGCAGUCCCUAGCACAUU